GGACGGGACUUGGGCAGGAAUGUUGGCUGAAAUCCUUCAAGGAGUCUUCCGUCCGCUAGGGCUUGGUCGGUGUCUGUCGCCCGCCCUGCUGCCGAGCGGAGGCAGCAUGAGCCAGUUGCAGAGCUUGCUGCUAGAUGCCCUCUUGGGAACCAAGCACGUGGACAGUGCGGCCCUCAUCAAACUGCAGGAGCGGAGCCUGUGUGUCGCUACACCAGGAUUUAGUGUAAUGCCAAGUGAUGUCCAAACACUUGUGAAUGGAUUUGCCAAAAACCCUUUGCAAGCCCGAAGAGAAGGGCUGUAUUUCAAGGAAAAGGACUACAAAUGUGUCCGGGCAGAUGAUUAUUCUCUUUAUGCUAAGAAUGAGAACACUGGUAUAGUUGUUGUGAAGACCCAUCUGUAUCUUCUGGUGGCCACUUACACGGCAGGCAUGUAUCCUAGCAUCUGUGUGGAAGCCACAGAGAAGCUGGGAGAAUAUCUAAGAAAAAAAGGAAAUUAAGUCAUCAGAGGAGCAUGAAAGACAACUUUAUUAUUGUAGAGGACAACUAUAGAUCCUGAAGAAAAAAAAUACCUUAUUUUGUAUUUGAGAAACAUUAGGCAGAAAAUACUAAAAAAAAAAAAGUGAGUUGAGAGAGAACGAACAAGCUCUGUCAUCUUCUGUAACUGGAA